UAGGGGCACUAUCUGCCCUCAGCUCUGACCAUAAGCUGCCUCAGGAGCCAUAUUUACUGAGGUCAGCCUCGCCCACAACAAAAAUCCCAAACCGGUCCCCUGAGCAGCCCUCGAACGCCCCGCAGGGCCCGCACGCCGGGUCUCCCCGCAGGCAGCGCGGUCGCUCUCGGCGGCGAGGGCCGAUACUCCCCGCGGCGCCACCGGGGCCGGCGCGUCAGCUGAUGGCAGCGGCGGUUUCCAUCAUGGCCGCCCGUGUGGGGCGGCUGCCGGCGGGACUGGGGCGGCGGAGAGGCGCGGCGGAGGCCUGGAUCCUACUUCUCCUCUGGUUCGCGGGUGCGGCCGUGGAGGGAGCGGUGGGCACGGAGUCGCCGCUGAAGUGCGACGAGCUGAGGCUGGGGCAAUAUAUGUGCGAUGAGCCUAAAAUAGAUAAUAGUACACAAGAACCAAUGAAUUGCACAAAUCACACAGCAUAUGUUCAGUGUCUGCCAGCACCAAAUAUUACUUGCAGAGAUCACCUUGGCAUAGAUAAAGUCUUUACAGGACGUGAAGUUGGAUUUUACAAGCCUAUUGCGUGUCGCAAUGUAAAUGGAUACUCCUACAAAGUGGCAGUGGCUCUGUCCUUAUUUCUUGGAUGGCUGGGUGCAGAUAGAUUUUAUCUAGGCUAUCCUGCAUUAGGUCUGUUAAAGUUCUGCACUGUAGGAUUUUGUGGAAUUGGUAGCCUAAUUGAUUUCAUACUUAUUUCCAUGCAGAUCGUCGGCCCUUCGGAUGGCUCCAGUUACAUUAUAGAUUACUAUGGAGCAAGGCUCACACGCCUCACCAUUACCAAUGCAACCUUCAGGAAAAUGCAGACCUAUCCCUAACCCUGGCAGUAAGUGUCACAAACACAGGGGUGCAGUCAGUCGGCCACUGGAAUUGCUGGUGACUUACUAAUUACAUUUCAUCAGAACGGGAUCUUGAAUGUACACUGAACAAAGGUGGUGAAAUAUGGCAGUUCCUCGAGGGAAGGAGCUGACCUUCGAGGUGACAGGUUUCUUUGGGACUGCUCUGUUUCUGUGAGCACACGGUUUGUCGCUAAGUUGUACUGUCUGUGAAAUGUGCAGACUUCUGCAAUUUGCACUGAUGAUGUUCUGUGUCUGUAAAUACAAUUUAGAUUGUUAUAGGGAGGUGGGGAAGGAGUUGUUCAGAACAACAAUGCUGAUCCUUAGUCCUUUAAAACUGAUGAAAUCCAUUUUCACGUGGAUGGGCUGGGAUUACACUUGGGGUCUGUGUUCAUAACUAUGUGUGGUGGUUUGUAAAUGAACUUAAAUACUCCAAACCACAGAAACUUCCUUUCUUUCUAUCCUGUUAUUUAAAAUCCAGAUGGCACUAAACCUUGUGCUGGUGUAUCCUGUGAAAUUCUAUUAAUGGAAAUAAUUAUUUCUGUGAAGCUUAGGGUCAGAUUUUGCUCAAGUUGCAAAAUUUGGUUCAGUGCUAAUCAACAGUCGAAGUAUAGAUGCAUAAAAACCAGAAACAUAGAUGCCAAAAAAGGAGGAUAGAUGUUUGGGUGUCCUGAGGUUAGAACAGGAAAUAAUAAUUCUGCUUAUUUUGAUUUUUUUCUUCCUCCUUUGCAACCAUCCAUAGUGAAAUACAUACCUUCCUUCUUUAUGAAAAGAAAUUGAUACCUAUGUUUAACAGCUACAGGACGUCCAAAAAAGCGAAUCCUUUAUACUAAUAAAGCCCCUAAAAGGCUCUUAUUUUACAUCAGUUGUGUUUCAAUGAAAUAAAUUGUGUCCUUCAAAGCUGUUUGACCAAAGUCUUUAGGACAACCAAGAUUUACCUAGAUGUUCCCAGGAAAACAUGUCUGCACAGAGACAGAAAACAUGUCAACAGAUUCUUCAUGUUAUUUGACCAAUUUUAAACAUUCCUUUCACCUUCUGAUGAAAAGCAGCAGUAACCAAGUGAGAAAUCCACCUGAUAGAAACUUUAGUGUAGGGAUUUUCUUCAAAAGUUUGGGCAAUUCUUCUGGUUUUUGGAUGAAACCUACAAAAUAUUCUGAAUGGGGCCAAAAAUGGUAUUUUGAAGGGAGUUACCAAAAAAUGAGAUUCCUACAUUGAUUUUUUUUAAAGUGCAGUGUGUGGGGUUUAGUCUCUUUUCAACCUACAUUAAGACUCAUGCACUGAAAGCUUUGCAAAGAGAUACUGGGUUUUUUCCAAAUAGGCCCAACCUGACCUAUCACAUAAUGAGAAUAAACUACAAGGAAUACUCUGUGCUUACCAUCAGUUCUUUCCCUUAUGCAAGGAAGAAACAGUUUUGGAAUACUUGCUGAUACUGGUUGCAUCUCCCUUUUGUCUCUCUCACUCUUUGCCCAUGUCAGUUUUGUUCCCUGAAAUACCUUCAGAAAACCAGAGAGGAGGUGGAUGGAAAAGAGAUGUUUGAAUCAAAUAAAAUCUGAUGGCUAAGAUCA